UGCCAUCCUUCUUCCUCGCUCGCUCUUCGAUCCCAAAGAAGCGAGCGCGCUCCUUCCUCUCUCUCUUCUCCCCUCGGAGGGGAAUAGACCACAAUUUGGCGAUUCUUCUGGAUUUCAGGGUUUCCGUUUGGUUCCUUUGCGGAAAGGCGCGGUGAAUCUGUUUCGAGCUAGGUUCGGGGGAGACGGUAGAGUGGAUCGGAGAGAGGAGGGAGAUAUGUAUAGAGAGAGGGGAGGGAGCGGGUUGAAGGUGGAGAUUGGAGCCGUUGAUCGGAAGCGGAUCAACGAUGCCCUCGACAAGCAUAUGGAAAAGUCUCCGCCAUCGGCUUCGAGGGGUUUGAACAGCAAGGAGAAGGAUAGGCUGUCGGUGCCGUCCACCUCCUCCGGGAAGCAGCCUGAGCACCGGUCCUUGUCCAAGAACAAAUGCUCAGAUGAAGAAUCAGAAACAGAUAGUGAAGAGUCAGAUGUUAGUGGUUCUGACAUGGAAGAUACAUCUUGGAUUUCAUGGUUCUGUAACCUAAGGGGGAACGAGUUUUUCUGCGAAGUUGAUGAAGAGUACAUACAAGAUGAUUUUAACCUAUGCGGGCUAAGCAGUCAAGUCCCAUAUUAUGAUUAUGCUCUCGAUCUGAUUCUGGAUGUUGAGUCUUCUAAUGGAGACAUGUUCACUGAGGAACAAAAUGAGUUAGUUGAAUCAGCAGCAGAGAUGCUGUAUGGUUUGAUUCAUGUUCGAUACAUAUUGACCAGUCGAGGGAUGGCUGCAAUGCUUGAGAAAUUCAAGAACUAUGACUUUGGAAGGUGUCCUCGAGUUUACUGUAGUGGCCAGCCCUGUCUUCCUGUUGGGCAAUCAGAUAUUCCUCGAUCAAGUACUGUGAAAAUAUAUUGUCCCAAAUGUGAAGAUAUAUACUAUCCACGAUCAAAGUACCAAGGCAAUAUUGAUGGAGCCUACUUUGGGACAACAUUUCCUCACUUGUUUUUGAUGACGUACGGGCACCUCAAGCCACAAAAGCCAUCACAACAGUAUGUUCCCAGGGUGUUUGGCUUUAAAGUUCACAAACCAUGACAAUGGAGGUUGAGCCACCGGAUGAACAGAAUUCUGUUGCUUCUGGAGGUGUUAUCAUAAUGCAGCAAGUGUCAAGCUGCUUUAAUUAUUGAGAAAAAAGAAUCUAUAAUGAGUUGUCCUAUUUUGCAAGUUGUUUUUUAUAUUAAUCUUAUAAUUACUGAGCAAGUGUAACUUUUCAUGGUUGAUUAUUAAUUUCCAUGCUUCAUUUUGCCAGGUUA